AUGCAGGACACAUUGCCUCAAUCCACACCACUGGUACUAACAACUCCAAUUUCUAAGAAAUAUCCUUUGCACAAUGAGAACGGAAAUCCCUCACACAGGACUGUCCCGGAGAACGAGUGUUACAUUCAGUUCAUCGAGACCAACGAGUACGUCACCUUCGGCACCGCCAUUGCAGCCUUCUACCUUCCCGUGACGGUGAUGUGCGGCCUCUACUGGCGCAUCUGGAGGGAGACCGAGAAGCGCCAGAAGGACCUGACCAAUCUGCAGGCGGUGAAGAAGGACCCGAGUAAGAGGUCCAACUCGAGUGAGGCCGAGGAGGUGGUGGAGCCCGAGGACUGGAAGAGGCAGCGCUCGGAGUCCUCGACGGCCAUGGACGAGAUCGAGACGACGUACGUGCCCACGGCGCUCGUGAUGGACAACACCAAGUACGCCUCGCAGGGCCGCGACGUCGGGAAGGCGGCCGGCUGCUGCCGCGGCCUCGCCUCCUGCAUCAAGCGCACCGUGGACCGCGAGGACGCCAGCACCCAGGCAGCAGGACAUCGAGCAGGAUACCACACCCCAUACCACACGCCGGGCUACCACACUCCCGGCUACCAACCCGGCUACCACACGCCCGGCUCCGUGGAGACGUCGCUGCCGUCGUCCGUGUCGCGCUGCACGUCGCUCAACUACAUCCGCGAGCCCAUGAGCGCCACGCCCACCAGGUACAGACAGAACUCCAUGAUCCCCCUCGUGGAGCGAGCCGAGCGCCCCGACCACCACCACCACCACCACCACCAUCACCACCACGGCGCCUCCACGCUGCCACGGGCGGAGAGCACCCUCGGCGUGGGCGCCCGCAGCCAGGUCGGGGGGCGCCUGCAGGCCCGCUCGCACUCGUCGGACUCCGUGUACACCAUCCUGAUCCGCCUCCCGCACGACCCCUCGCAGGACGGCCCGCUGCACCCGCCCUCCAUCCUCAUGAUCGAGGAGGAGGGCCAGGAGGGCGGCGGCGCGGGCGGCGCCCACAAGCUGCGCUUCGACAGGGGCACGUCGCCCCUGGCCCGCCGCGGGGACUCCGUGUGCUCGGACCCCAGCGGCCAGGCGACCAGGGUGGAGUGCUCGCUGCACCCCGGGGGGCCGGAGGGCACCUCCCCGGUCCCCCUGCGCAGGACCUCGCACGCCCCCGACAUCAAGAUCCCGCUCAACGCCAAGAUCAUCCCCAAGCAGCUGGCCAAGAACUCCGGCGCGGGCGGCCCUGGGGGCGGAGGCGGGACCACGGGCGGCGCCGCCAACGCGGGCGGGGGCAUCGGCUCCGGAGGCAAGAAAAAGAAGAAGAAGAAGAACCAGGAGAAGAAGCAGGACCGCAAGGCCGCCAAGACGCUGUCCGCCAUCUUGCUGACGUUCAUCGUCACUUGGACGCCGUACAACGUGCUGGUGCUCCUCAAGACGCUGAUGGCCUGCAACGCGGACGACUGCAUCCCGCGCCAGCUGUGGGACUUCUCCUACUACCUGUGCUACAUCAACUCCACCAUCAACCCCAUGUGCUACGCCCUCUGCAACGCCGCCUUCAGGAGAACCUACGUGAGAAUCCUGACGUGUAAAUGGCACAGCCGUCGCAAGCAGGGAGUCCAACGAGGAUAUUACAGCUGAGGACGUCUAACUCGCCGCCUGGCACGAGCCACCUACCAACUGCUCUUCCUCCUCCACCUGCACUGGCUGGCCAGCAUCUAGGUGCCGAUGCCUCUGCGGUUCCCCUCUCGCCCUUGCGUGUGCAUCUCGGGA